UGCAGAGCGGCCGACUGUUUGACUUUCUUUCGUCGGUGUUUUUGCUUCACGUGUAUUCUUCAUAACAUAUUCGCCCUUCUAAAUAUUCUUUGUGAAAUAUUGAUUGUUAUGUAUUAACACCAGCCCUUGGUCACAAAAACUUUCUCCGUUUAAUUGCUUAGUUGCAAAAAUGCCUAGUGUUACGAAGUGACAGAUGUUUUGAGUGGAGAAUCUCGUCAUUUCUGACUUGAAUACAUAGUUAUAUCAUAACACCAAACUCUUGUCGUGUUAAGAGAGCUACCAGCCAUGGAAUCCGACCCUCAGGAGACGGAACCCCAAAGCCUGUCCUCCGGAGAUGGAGUGAAGACAAACGGCAACAGGUCACAGCCGUUGUUUCCCGAGAGCCCUGUAUACGAGCCGGAAGAAGAUGCAAUCUUGGGGAAGGAUGAAACGUCAGCCAUUCUUCUUGACGAUAGCGAAGAAGUACCACUUGAAGGGAAAGAUGACAAACCAACAUUGCAAUCCAAGAGGAAACUCACAGACGAAGCAGACGACAGCAGCGCAAAAAUACAGAAACUUGAUGAUAAUACCGAAUUUACAGUCAAUACACAAAACCUCGACGAAGAAGUAUCAGAAAUCAUCAGUGCAGCAAAAAAAGAUAUUCUGCCACCCAGAGUUCAAACUCCUGUUCGAUCCAGUCCUAGACUUAAAAGGAGCAACAGCGCUGAUAUUACUAAACCCAAAACACCAAGAACGCCUAAAAGCCGCCCAGCCAGUGUCGAUAUUACUAAAGAAAGAAAGACCCCUAAGAAAUUGAAAAUAGACUACAAAGUAGAGGAGCGUCCAAGCAUUGAUCCAAGUAAAGAACUAUCCAAAAUUCCUGAAACCAUUGCUGAAGAAAGUGGGUCUGAAAUGAAUGAUUCCCAAAAUUUCCAUCUAGUACUAUCUCCAACUACCGAUGACGAUACAUUGUCUAAAACUAUUACUAAUAACUACAGCAGUGAUCCAGUAUUAGUCAAGGAUAGAGAAGAAAUUAUAAGCCCAGGGAAAAUCAAUGAAACUCGAAGUGAAGGUUUUAACUACUCCGAUCAAAGUAAUCUUUCUCAACCGAAAAGACUGGAAUUCAAUAAAGGCAAAACCACUGAUCAAGAGAGCACAGAUAGUGUGGAAUCUCUACCGAGUCCAGAUCAUUUACCCACCGUUACUUCAAAGCUAAUCUCUAAAUUAUCUAAUGGAAAUUCCUCAACACCAACAGAAUUGUCAUCAGGCAAAAGGACAGAUGAUAGCGACAGUACUCCUGAUAUGUUGAAGCUAACUAACAAUUUAAAGCGUGGUAAAAAUGAGUCUUUCCGAGUUAGUAAUAACACAACUCCAUCAACUAUUUCGCCGCUGCAAAACGGGCAUGGCAGAACGGAUAAUUUAUCUGAAACGCAGCCGCAACCUAUAUUCGAUGUCCUAGUUAAUUAUAAUGAAGACGGCGAGUUCCUAUCCCUAUACGUCGUCAAAACAGAUAAUGAUCUGGGUUUAGAUAUGUGUCGCGAAUACCAAAGAUUUUCGAAACGCUUCACAAUCGACCCGUAUUUAGGCGACGUAUCAGUCAGUACUUCGCCCUCAAGCGUUACAAGCACAGGAAUGAUCAAUCUACCUAUCAAUAGAACAUCUUUCGCAUCAACGGUUAGUUCUACUUCAAGUUCUAGUAAUAGAACAAGUGAUGGUGCAUUCGUAGUUCCUCAACCGCCAAGAAAAUCAGUUGUAAACCCUAUAAGCGCAGUUAAAGGUUUCGAUGCUGUAAUAAAGAAAGUAAAUGAUGUUUUCACUCACGCUAAAGAGGCUUUCGAGGGCUACCGUUCCUGUAGUGACGAUAAAAUCUCAGUUGGCGUCCAAACUACCCCCUCUAGCGAUUCAUUAAGCAAUGGGAAUCUAAGUCCGGAGGAAUCUUGCAAAACUGAUAAAGCGACGCCAAAGAGUUCUCUAAAGAAAACCAGAGUGAGAGGACGACGGAAUCUUUCAAGCAAAACUAAAAGGAAUAUCUUACCAACUCAAGCAGAGGAGCCUGAAUAUAUGCACGGGAUGAAUUCUCCAGAAAUGGUGCCAACAAAUGGAGAUGCUGAAAAGAUUUUGAAGUCUCCUAAAUCUGAGAAACCGCUGUCUUCGCUAGUCGCAACUCCGAAGUCUGUGUCUAAGCUAAAACAGAAACGCAGACCUACAUCUCCUAGGCCUGCGACCCCGGUUGAAAAGUCUUUAGUUAAGACGGAGUACCCCGGUUAUGCUCCUGACACAGCAGUUUUAGCUAAAUGGGUGGACAAACGGUACUACUCAGGAAAAGUUUUAGAGAUAACGGAGCCUAACAAAUACUUGAUCAAGUUUGACGAUGGGCAGUCGAAGAUUUUGUUGGAUGAUUUCAUUAUAUUUGGGGAUACGAAGACGCUGCCGUUGCUUGGUCAGUCGGUGUAUGCUAUGGUUGAUGAAGAGCAGAAUUAUGAGCCGGGUUUGGUGCUUGGUGUGGAAGAAAAUGAUAGUGGUACAGUCACAUAUAGGUGCACUACUGACGGCGACACAGUGGUAAUGGUGACCGCCAGCGAGCUGUAUCUAACGGAAGACCAGGCGAGAUCGCUGAAGGAAUCGUCUCGCCCGCGCUCCCCCACCUCGCCUGCCACGCCGCGCCGGCGACACCAUCGAGAACUAGACCUCGAUAAUAUCAUACAGGGCCCUAGAAGUGCAAGAUCGCGGGAUAAAGGCAACUCCAGUGCGAAGAAACGUGUGACGUCACCGAAAAGUCCUAAGGCAUCUACGUCAGGAGUUAAAACAAAAAGCACACCAGUGAGUCGCAAGCGAUUAGCGAGUGAAAGCAGCGAAAUGAGCGAAAGCAGCAAUUCAGCGCCGCCCGUCCGGCUGGAGGAGGUGGCGGGCGUGGAGCCCGAGGUGCAGCGGACACCGCGCAAAAUUGACGGCGUUAAAGCGGGCCCUCUACAGCUAAAAGGCGCUGCGAAACAAAACGUCGGCAAGAAGAACUCAAAAUUAGCCAAAUUUGAGAACGACGAGGACACAGUGUCGACUCUAGGCCCAAUCCCAGGACCAGACAGUAAACUGUUCGCGGGAGUACAUUUCUUGCUGACUUGUACUGAGCCGCCGAAGAAACUCAAGUCUGACAAGUGUCAAGACACGCGGCAUUACUCGUCAGAAGAAGAUGGCGAGACGACCGCGGGCACCGAUUGCGAAGAUUUAGAAUUUUCCGACCGACCAUUCAACAAGGAGCGGCUUAAAGAGCAGCUAGAGGCGGGUGGCGGCAUCGUUUAUAGCCACUUCGACGACGUGCCCAAAGCAAAAUACAGCGUCACAAAACUGAUCGCCCCUCGCCCCUGCCUCACGGCCAAGUACAUCCAGUCACUGGCGGCGGACAUUCGGGCCGUGACCCACCAAUGGGUCAUACUGUGCUGCACCAACAACGCGCUGCUAGACACUGAUGCGUACGCGCUGCCGGCCGGCUGGUCUAUUACCAAGCAGGCGUUCGUUAACUGGGUACCAUCAUCAGGCCGACGCAACACCCAAUUCUUCAAAGACAAGGUAAUCCUCCUCUGCGGCGAUCAGGACACAUUCGUCAAAUUCUGGGAACGCGUGUGCACCCUAGUCGGGGCGACCACACGCGUCGUCAACGAGGAGGACUUGAACAUGUCCGGAGCACUGGCUUUAGUCACCGAAUGGGACUGUCCUCACGAAGUACAAAACAAAGCUAAUCAGGAUAAUAUCCCAUUAGUUUCAACUACAUGGGUGGUUCAAUGCCUGAUUGAGGCUAAAGUGAUCGCCCCAACCAGCCACGAUAAGUUCUCAUUUAUGUAUACGGAGCCCGAAUGAUCCUGGGACUUUAAGAAGAUACUCAUUAUACGUGAAAUUUGACACUUUAGUGAGUGGCGGAAGUGACGCUGUGUAGUUUAAGUGAUAAGUGAAAGGAAUGGGGUGAAUUCGUUGUUUUUGUGAUAUCUUGUGACAUUAAUUCUCUAUCACACUCUAAAGGCGGACGCCGAUCUGUGUGAAUCUGUCGUUUUUUUUGGGACAAAUCGCCUUAUGGUAAUCAAUCACCGUCGCCUAUGGAUGGAGGAUGGAGGUGUAUUGUCGGCAUUUAAGAUGGGCGUGUGUUCUUUUUUUGAAGGUUUUGAAGGACCUACCGGUCUGGAAUACCGCGCACGACAGUUCAUUCCACAGUCGUGCGAGGCAAGAAGUUUCUGGAGAAACGCACAGUAUAAAUUUAAUAGAUACUUUGGACAAAAAUAGGAACAAGGUACUUAUAAUUAAAAACCUUAUAAAACAAAGUCCCCAGCCGCGCCUGUCUGUCUGUAUGUUUGUGAUAAACUCAAAAAGUACUGAACGGAUUUUCAUGCGGUUUUCACCUAUCCAUAGAGUGAUUCUUGAGGAAGGUUUAGUGUGGCUACCACCAGUUUGGCACUGACAUAAGCGCUAUCGAGAACGUAACUUACUUUCUAUGCAUCUCGCUCGUACUCGCAUAUUAGUGCGAGCGAGAUGUAUAGAAAGUAAAUUACGUAGACAGCGUAUAUGUCAGUUUUGACACUGUCAGUGACUCAUGGUACGAGUACAGGUGUAUAACUUGUUAAGGUUUUGUGUAACCCAUGCAAAGCCGAGGCGGGUCGCUAGUAUAUGAGCCUUAUGCCUGUUUUCCACCGACGUAGUAUAAAAUAACUGUUAGGUAGUUUACUAUGUUUUUCCACACGGCCGUUAACGGCCGGACGGGACGGGGGUUAUACGGCCGUCAUAUUAAAACGAUGUCACAAGUUAUCAAAAAACAGUCUAGAAUUGCGCCUCAAAUGUUUUGGCUCAGUGUUUAAGUGACGGAUGUGUUAAGUGAUAAGUUAAAGUGAACGGUACAAUAAAGUGAAUGAUCAAAGUGAAGUGUACAUUACGCGGCUUGUUGUUAAUUUGUCAAGACUAGUUUAUAGUAGGAAGAUAGUUACUGUUAAAAUCUGUACUUGAAAUUCAAGCUUGUUUAUAACUGGUGAUAUAUUGAAAAUUUUUCGUAAGACAAAGAUAGGCUACUUUACUAUAAACUAUAAAUAAAUUAAAUUGUUUGUGAAAGCGUUCGCGAAAUGUAAUUUACAAAAAUACAUUAAAAAACUAGAUCAGAUACGUAUUUGGGCGAAUAAACUUUUUGACCGACGAUACAAAUCAAACAUCAAAAAUUUAUUCAGCAAAUAGGCCACAGGCACAGGGCGGACACGCCAUACAUCAAAACUCGCUUGCGUUUAUAUGUGUGAACGGCACGUUUGUACACGCGUCUUUGUGUGAGUAAGCUGCUUAGGGCUGCCACUUAGAUGUUUUUGAGUUCACGGAGCGUUGUCGAUAUACUCGUAAAGGAAUUUUUAUUCCUUAAUUAAAGAAACCAUUUUUAAGUUCGCAAAAUUUACAUUAAGCGGUUCUAUUCUUCCCAUUUAUGCCUGUCAUAUUUAUGAGAAUACAGCGUUCAUAUUUCCAAUCAUGGUUUGAGUUCCUCGGAUUAUUUGCACAAAAUGUGAAAGAAAAGUACAUGUUGUAUUUGCAGGACAAUGCUCGUAAUUGAAAACUAAAAGUGUAACAUUUAAUUAAUUUAUCUUUUUCCAAGAAGUAACACAUCAAACACUAUUAAAGUUUCAAAUACAACACACACAGCCCUCGUGCGGCGCUGACAUACGGCGAAGGCAGAGCCGAACAUUCUCGAGGCCUGCCGAAGUGACACGAGCGGGCCGCGGCCGGCCGUGCACACGCAGGAUAACCCGACCGAAACGUAAACAAACGAAAUUGUAUGGGCAAUCUACCGUUCACCAAGCAAUUGGUCCUUGGUCGGUUUAUAAUCUUACACUCAACUGUACCUACUUUGAAAGCGGAAUUAUUAUAAAUAGGUUUUCUGCAUUAUUGUUUUUAUUAAUUUAAACGAUUAUAUAUAGAUAUUAUAUUUUAGAUAUGAUAAAAGUGUAACAAAAAACAAAAUAUUUACGUAUAUCAAUGUACCUACCUAUAGGUAGUUGAAUGUUAGCUAACAUUCACUAAAUCAACGAACAGGUUGUUGAAAUCGGUAGGUAGGUACCUAAAUAUUAUCACACCUUAAACACUUCGUUGUUAUAUUGACGUACAUUUGGGUUUUCGACAAAUUGUAGUUUAAAUCGCGUCGCUAACCGAACUGAGCGGCCGGCGUAAAGCCAGCAAUCUGGUGUCGCGGGGCGAGGUAACUCGAGUCGGGGCGGGGCGGUGCGUGGCCGUUCUGUAUGUUCUAUUACUUAUUCUGUGCCACAGGGGCACUUCGUUGUAAAAUUUCACGUUUAAAUAAGCUUUUAUAUGUUUCAGUCUAUGGUGUAUGUUAAAACAUUAGGCCCCAACUAUUAAAGCUAUUAUGUUAUUAGAAACCCGAUUUCUUGGUAACUCCAGACAUUCCGAGUAACGCAAUAGACACUCAGAACUGUCGGUCAUAAAGUUGAUUCGCCCAUUUACGCAUUCAAUGAUUUUAGUAACAUUAAGGAAGGUAAAUUCAUCAUAGUAUUUAUUGACGUCACCGAUACGUCUUUUUUAUGGUCGUUUGUUCGUUAGUAAAAUGAGGUAUUUUCUAUGAAAAGGGACCUUAUUGUCGAUGGCGCCUACGCCGCACAGCGUCGCGCGACAUUGUAUUUAUAUCGGAGCAUCGUUAAUAAUGGCGUAAGCGCCAUCGACAAAGGUCCCUUUUUAUAGAAAAUACCACAAAUAGCCUAUUUAAUUGUAUUUUAUAGUCAAAUGUUGAUUGAUUGUAAAAUAUCGGAAAACGUCGAAAAAGCCAAAUGUAUACGUUUUGGAACCUAUAUUAAGCUGCAGGUAUUCCUAAUUCUUAAUAGUUAAACAUAAUGAAAUUUUUAUCCAAUGACUAAAUUGUACUGAAUGUUAUAAAAUUGGUAUUAAUGUUCCAUAGGAAUGAUAGAAUAAGAAAUUUAAUUUGACCUCAAUAGUUUUAAGUCAUUGGUUUCUGGAUCUCGAUUUUUGUUGCAUUUGUUUUCAUUGUUAUUGUUGAUACAAAUAUGACAUGAAAAAACAAUGAUUCUUCAUUAACCCGUUGACCGCCAAAUACAUCAACUGACGCGCGCGGCUACAACCCAAUAUCAACCUUCGUGCAUGACGAUAAGGUUCACUAUGACGCGCCGCACACGAUGGGCGUAACAUUUAAUGGUUUAAUUUGCAUUUUUUUAUAUAUGGACAUUAAAACACCAUGAUAUCAAACAAAAUUAAGUUUUAUAAUAAAAUUAUGAUUAUUACAAUUAGUCCACUAUGUUCGUAACUAUUUUGGAAUUCCUAUAAUUAUUAUGUUAUCAGUAUUUUUUGAUCUUUUGUUUUAUAUAAUGUAAAGAAUUGGCGAAGUCAUAUAGUGUAUUAAAAACAUCAUUGCAGUGUUUAAUAUGCAUAAUAAAAUGAGAAAGAACAUUUUUACCCAUAAAUGAUCUAGUUUUUGAUUGUGGGAGAGUUAAUUUUCAAUGGGCCUAAAAAAGACCCACUGGGCAUUUAUGGGUACAUGAGACUUUUAGUGACUUAUCCUAUUUUCUAAAUCACGUACAUCUUAAACAAUUUUAAAUGCUGCAAUUAUGUUGGAAUAUAGUUUAAAUAUGAUAAUGGUGACUAGACAUGCAGGGAUUCGGCGAAUAUUCGUGAUGGCGUCUCUAUCAUUUUACCUGUGUGGCGAGAGACGCCAUCACGAAUAUUCGCCAAAUCCCGAUAUGUAUGGCCGCACCAUAAAACAGUGAAGAAUUUUUAUUUUUACUACACAAUUGUUACGCAAUUCCAUGGAAUCUCACACACAUGUAUGGCCCAAAAUAUACUUGAUUUAAUUCCAAUAUGGUGACUAUAUUUAUAUUCACUGCUUAGAAGUAAAUGUAUAUCGUUCUUAAAUAUAUUCUGUGAAAGACGGUGAAUUAUUGAGAGAAAAUGUACUCAAGUGACAUGUAUCAAAGUUUACUGUCAAAUAAAUGAGUCAAAAACUAAAAUGAAUGCCAACAAGACCCAGUGGUUUUAUAGAAAUAGGUCAAAACUCAAUUCUUUAUACAAUUGAUUUUGAUUAAACAUAAUCCGUGUAUUUAAACCUAAGAUAAUGAAAAUUAAAUUAUAUACUGUUAUCAAGUGAAAAAAAUAAUGUUUACUAAUAAGAACACAAUGCAAUGUUCAAAAUUUCCGAGUUAUGUGAUUUGAUAAAUCUGUAUUAUUGUUACUAUGGCAUUUAAGGUAUUAUGAUAAUAUUUGGUGAAUCAACUUUGCGAUUAAAUAUCUCCAGUAAUCUCUGCCUAGGGUGUGAGGGUCAACGCGCAUGUAACACCUCUGGAGUUGCAGGCGUCCAUAGGCUACGAUGACCGCUUACAUCAGUAUGCUUGUUUGCCACCGACGGUGUAUAACAAACUUCUUAAAAGCUAAUGCAGUACCUAUUUGAAAAAAAACCUCUUCCAAUUGAGCCACCAAACCAAAAAACAAGGAGUAACUUCUUUCUUUACCUUUUGGACGCCAAUGACCGAUAUAUACGCACCGUAGGUUCAACGCCAAAGACCGAUUAAUCGGUCAUAGACCACAGAGCAACAUAGACCUACGUGCAUGUGCAUAAAGUUCAAUUUCAGUUUUGACACUUCGGUGACGUGGCGUCUGGAUGUCAGCCCCGCCCAAACUUACUACAUAAAAUAAAUACGCGAUUAAGUUCCGUUUUAAAAUUUAAUAAUGUGUAGAAAUCGUGUAAGUUUAAAUCAGCCUAUUCUAUUUUUGGUCAAAUCGCAUAAGUGAACUUUGUAAAUAUAAUAACUUGAAUUGUAAAUACUUAUAUAUGUCCAAUAGUUUAGUGUUAUCGUGUGUUGAACUGUACAUAACUCGGUGGUAGCAUUAUUCUGAAAAUCUGAAUGCUGUGCAUAUUUUCAACAUUUACUUGAAAGUCUGAUAUUAUUUAGUUUUCGAAUGUAUUUUCCGAUGAUUUAAUUGACGUUAGUGACUGAUGUCAAGCUAUAGAAUUGAUCAUGGAGACUAUAUAAAGGAGCCAAAUCUCUAUGUAUGAAAAGUGUCCAUCAAAAAACAGUAAUUAGGCGGCGCCACCAUACACCGAAAUACUACCAAAAACAACCUACGCAAUUUGGUCGGGUUAUUUGUUGCCUUAUAUGGUUUAUGUUAUACUCAUGUCCCAGAGCCUAACUAGCGCCACCGGAGAGAUUAGGAACUAUUAUUUAAAGCUGAAAGCGGUCACUUUUGCAACAAUUCUGCCAUAAGAGAUUGGCAUCCUUUCUAUACCAUCCAUAGAAUUGAUAUCUGCUUAAAACAUAGAGUUACGAUCCACUAAGUAUGUAUAUGGCUCCUAAGUGCCUGCAACGAUUUUGAUAGCAUACGCACUACGCAGUGCAAGUGUUACGUCAUACGUCACACACACACGUCAUAAUUUCAUAGAAGUUUAAACGAACACUUACCGACAUUGGCAAAUUCACCCCGUGCAAAAUUGCGGGGAGUAAAAGCCAGAUAGGAUAAAAAAAAAACGAACACUUCGUGUGCCAUCAAAAUCGUUGCUGACUUUUCAUGGUCUAUCUUUACACAAAACCUACAUUUUAUUUAAAUGGAGUUUAUUAUCUUCUUAUAAUUGUAUUGUAAUAUAUAAUACAAUGUCAUAAAUUUAUCCACUUUUUAUAAAUCUAUACCUACCUAAUUUUGUACUGUUCUAUUGACCGAUUGACUACGGAAUAUAAAAUAAUGAAAAUACUGAAUAAAUGAAUUGAUAUUAGAUGUAAUAGUAUUCACUGAUAUUGUUUUCAUUGUAUUCAGUUUUAGAUAACAAAAUCAAUAGUUUCUUUUAAAAUAAAUAUGAAAGCGCAAAACACAGGUGAUAUAGUGAAAAAUCGUACGCUUUUCCUAUCGAUCACGCUCGCAAUGAUAAUUAAAUUAUUGAAAGACUACUUAGACUGUAGUUUACUAAUCGGUGAAGGCCAGAGCACACUAGAUGUGUGUGCGCAGACGUGCAUAUGCGCGUACGCAAAAAUGUUGGAGCCGUGCACGCACACGAAACGCAAGCGGUGUGCCGUCCCCCAUAUAACAUAACACGCGCGUUCACGUCUCCGGUGUGCACAGGCCUUUAACAUGCAGUGCAGAAGAUAGCACAAGUAAGUAUGUCUGCUCAAUGCGGUCCCUUGUUCUGCGCUUUACCCAGUGUCUUAAUCACGUUAGAGACUCACAAUUUUAAACAAAUGACAUUCUAAAACAAUGUACCUAAGUAUUUUAAACGUUGCCUCGACGGGGAUCGAAUCCCCACCGUGACCCCAACUAGGCAUCUAUUGUAUGCUAAUUUUAAGUUAACAAUGUGCUUAGCUGUAAAUGGCAUUUGUGAAAUGUUUCAAUAUUUUUAGUUUUUUUUUAUAGGUAUUGAACGUGUUAAUUAUUUUUAAAUUACUUUUGUUGCAUUUUGCAGGCUUUUUUGAAUUGUUUUCGUUGACUUAUGGCGUUAAGCGAUAGUGGGUGUAAUUAUGUGUAAACUAAAAAUAAAAUCAUUAAUGAA